CUUCAAACAGUCCUGUAUAAACCAGUCAAAAGAAGCGUUUGUCGUAAUAUCAAAUUGCAUUGUAUUAAUUCGCACGUAUUAGAUUUUUUUUACUUCAAGUACAAUGGAAAGUUGCAUCAAGAACGCAGUUUUCCUAACUUUAAUCUCAUUCGCGAUUUUUGUUCGCAUAAACGCCAGUUGCGAAUACGACAUAUUCGAAGACGAUUGGUGUAAACAUACUGUAAAAACCGCUACAAUGAGAUCUACAAUGUUUUACCGAGCUGGUGAAAAGUGGAAAGAUGGGCCGUGCGUUGAUUGCAGUUGCGGUCCGGAGACUUACAAGACUGUCCUGAACUGUUCGCUGGAAGUGGAAAAUGGAAAGGCAAGAUCUGAUGAAGCCGAAUCCUAUUUUGUAAAUAUUGAUAAUGUAUAUCCAACAUCAUGUCCGUUUGGUUUCACCGAAAUUACAACAGAAAACAGAGAUCUGGCAUCUCAAAUGUUUAUAGUCUAUCGAGUUGUUGACACAGUUUCCAAAACGUGCUGUACCAGAAUGAAUCCGAGUGAAAUCCCCGAAGAAUGUGAAGCAAUACGCUCCGACGAAUGCGAAUAUAAAUUUGUUCUGAAAUCGAACAAUGGGAUUCCAUGUCCUGGACCAAUUUUUAUGUCUGGAUAAAAAAAAAGAAACAUGUCGAUAAACUAUGAAAAUAAUUGACAUGAUAGAAACAAAGCGUUAAUUCUAUAUCUGAACCUUUCUGUUAUUUUAUUGUGAAAUUGUGAAAAGAAAUCAAAUUUGGGUGAUUUUAAUAUCUUGCUUAUAUAUAACAAUAUCCGUAAUGGUUUAUAAAUAAAUGUUAUAUUGCAUCCAAUGCGUUUCUAUUGCUGUGACAAUUGGUAGAUGCAAAAAUACA